CUGCUUCGUAGAUCUGAAUUCUGAAACACACUCACUUACACACCCAACACAAUCAUAAUUCCAACCAAAAAAACUGAUUAUUCCGAUUUUUACUCAUUUCUUCUGUUUCUCUCUCCUCUCUCUCUCUCUCUUCUUCCGCCAUUGUUGAAUCCCAAGCUUUCUCUCCUCUCCCCUCUCUAUGUCUGUGCUCUCUGUAUCCUUGUCUCUCAUCUUGGUACAUUGACCACUUUUUGCGGACUCAUUUGUUCGAUCCUUUAACUUGGAGAUCACAUUUUCACGAACCCUAGACGAUUUGAGGUUGUAUUGUUUCACAGUAAUUAGUGUAUAAGUGAAGAAAGAAACACUGUGAUCUGAAAUUCCGCCUUUUUUCAGGCAGAAUUGUUGGUGUUUGAUUCGGGAGGUUAUGCUUUUCGCAAUUCUUGUGAUUUGGGAUAAUUGGACCAUUCAUAUGAUUUUUGGUCUUCGUCUGGGGGGUGGAAUUACUGUUAUUAGAUGAACUUUUGAAGGGGGAGAAGUGGACUACAAAUUGGACAUGAGAAGCUCUUGGUUCAAAAAACUGUCGCUCAUUUUUGGUCAUAGAAUACGCCAUAAUUGGUUCCUUUUGUGCCUAUUUAGUAUUCUUGCAUUAAUUGUGCUUCUAGGAUCGUCAUCAUCGUCAUUGAGAGAAUUUGAUUCGUUAGGAGCUCCUCGAUUUCCCAAUGUUUACACCAAUUAUAGGAAGUUGAAGGAGCAAGCGGUAGUCGAUUAUUUUGAUUUGAGGUUUCUGGCUUUGGGGGCUAAUCCUAGGCAAAAGGAGCUUUCUCUUUGUGGGAAGGAGAGGGAGAACUAUGUACCGUGUUACAAUGUAAGCGACAACUUGGAGGCGGGGUUUAAGUAUGGUGAGGAGUUUGAUCGGCAUUGUGAGUUGUCUCGGAAUGAAGAACGCUGUUUGGUUCGGCCUCCUAAAGAUUAUAAAAUUCCCUUGCGUUGGCCUGCUGGUCGAGAUGUGAUUUGGAGUGGAAAUGUGAAGAUCACGAAAGACGAUUUCCUUUCUUCUGGAAGCAUGACUAAAAGGAUGAUGUUACUGGAAGAGAACCAAAUUGCUUUUCACAAUGAUGAUGGGUUGAUCUUUGAUGGGGUGAAGGAUUAUGCUCGCCAACUUGCAGAGUCUAUAGGGCUGGGUAGUGACUCAGACUUCGUUCAAGCUGGUGUGCAAACUGUGCUUGAUAUUGGCUGUGGUUUUGGAAGCUUCGGGGCCCAUUUAGUCUCACUAAAAUUGAUGCCUAUUUGUGUUGCUGCAUAUGAGGUGACUGGAAGCCAAGUUCAAUUGGCCCUUGAAAGAGGUCUUCCUGCAAUGCUUGGCAAUUUUAGUUCUAGGCAACUUCCAUAUCCGUCAUUGUCGUUUGACAUGGUUCACUGCGCUCAAUGUGGUAUUGAUUGGGAUGGAAAAGAUGGAAUGUUUAUUAUUGAAGUGGACCGGUUGCUCAAGCCUGGAGGUUACUUUGUAUUAACCUCUCCUACAACCAAACCACAAGGAAGCUUGUUGGCAACAAAGAAAGGCAACAUGUUGACACCAGUUGAAGAUUUCACCCAAAGGAUUUGCUGGACUCUUCUGGACCAGCAAGAUGAUACUCUUAUAUGGCAGAAAACUGCGGAUGCAAAUUGCUAUGGGGCUAGGAGACAAGGGCUGCCUCUUUGCCAGGAUGAGCAUGAAAGUCAACCAUAUUACCACCCCCUUGUGAAAUGUAUCAGUGGAUCACGCAGUAAAAGAUGGACUCCAAUUCGGAACAGGUCCAAUGGUUCUCGGUUGACCUUGGAAGAACUUGAAGUUCAUGGUGUUCAAUAUGUAGAGUUUUAUGAAGAGAGGGAAUAUUGGAAGUCGGCCCUUAGAAACUAUUGGUCUUUGCUUACACCCUUGAUAUUCUCAGACCAUCCAAAACGCCCUGGUGAUGAAGACCCAUUACCUCCGUAUAACAUGGUACGCAAUGUGAUGGACAUGAAUGCUUAUUAUGGGGGCUUGAAUGCUGCACUUUUGGAUGGGAAGAAAUCAGCAUGGGUCAUGAACGUAGUUCCCGUGGGUAGUCGCAACACACUCCCCCUUAUUCUUGAGCAAGGUUUUGCUGGUGUUCUGCACAACUGGUGUGAGCCUUUCCCAACUUAUCCUCGAACCUACGACAUGCUCCAUGCCAAUGGUCUUCUUUCACUUCUCAGUUCAGAGAAAUGCAGUAUGAUGGACUUGUUUUUGGAAAUGGAUAGAAUUCUGCGGCCAGAGGGUUGGGUUAUUCUUUCUGAUAACGUUGGAGCCAUAGAAAUGGCACGCUCACAUGCUACUCAGAUCCGCUGGGAGGCUAGGGUGAUUGAUCCACAAAACGGAAGUGAUCAGAGGCUUCUUGUUUGCCAAAAGCCGUUCUUGAGAAAAUAGUCAUUUUAUCAUCGAGUUUUACACUGCAAGGGCCUCUGAAUUGCCAACUCUGGUAAGUGAGUUUUCACGAAUAUACGAAGUAGUAUGGAAGCUGCUUGGGCUAUUGACGAAUUUGGGUUGUCUUCAUCCUCGACUAUUGGUAGGUUGAAGUUGUAGAUUAGGAGAACAUAUUCAUUGCAGAAAAAGGCUGCAAAUUUUUUGGCCAGGCAUUUGUUGCAAUUCAUUCUUUUUUUCAUUGUUCCACAAGGUUUUGGUUUCUGUUUUCCAUUGAUUAUUAUUAUUUUGGUAUUGAUCUUUGUAAUGAAGAAUUUACCCGACCCGACUAUCUGAAGAAUACUAGUAUAGCAUUAGCAAGAAUAUGUAACUGUAACAGGUGACAUAUUUCUUA